AUUGUUUUAUAAUUAGGUGGGGUCUUUGCAACACUACGUACAUCCUUUCUAUAAGCUGCUCACUGGAGAAAUGACUGAUGUCAUAUCCUUCUUCAUCUAUUGUGUUUGUCCACGUAUCCAGACUGUUUCUCUUGUCAUUUCUUUUCGGAAGGAGGAAGUGCCAGUACAUAGAGUUGUAGGCGCUCUCAACAGACGCCAACCUCUUAAAACUCUUCUCCACCUGAGCAGUGAAUUCUGUGGUGUCUUGAAAGCAGGAUCAGAUCAUGAUGGCUGUCUCAGGUGAGCAGGCUCUGGCUGGAGAGAGAAUGCUCAGGAUGCCCAGCUGCCUCCUAAAGCUGAGCAGGGUGGUGCUGAGCCACAAGCCCUGGGCCCUGUUUACCCUCAUCUUUUUCUUCGUAUCCUUUGCCUACCACAAGUUGUACUGGGGCAUCUGGGAGGAGCCAAAGAGCAGAGUCCCCACCUAUGGCUUGUCUGCUGAGAUCAGCUGUGCUCACCAUGUGCCUUCUCCCCUGAACAUCACCCAUAGACCCUCUCCUUCUGCAGGAAAUGUGUUUUUUGUGGAGACCUCAGAGCAAAACCCCAGUUACCUGUUCUCAUGCUCUGUGGAGUCAGCAGCCAGGACACACCCUGCAUCAAGAGUCGUGGUGCUCAUGAGAGGCUUGGCCAAAGAGAAUGCCUCCUUACCCAAGCACUGGGCUUUCUCCUUGCUGAGCUGCUUCCCCAACGUGGAAAUCCGACCCCUGGACUUGAUGGAGCUCUUUUCUGGAACACCUCUGGCACAGUGGUACUUGCAGCCUCAGCGGCACCAAGAACCUCAUUUUUUCCCUGUCCUGUCUGAUGCCUGCAGGAUUGUCCUCAUGUGGAAAUUUGGUGGCAUUUACCUGGAUACAGACUUCAUCGUGCUUAGGAACUUACAGAACCUCACCAAUGCCCUUGGGAUUCAGGAUCAUGAUGUACUGAAUGGGGCCUUUCUGUCCUUCAAGCCCAAGCACAAGUUCAUGGAGCUCUGCAUUCAGGACUUUGUGCAGGACUACAAUGGCUGGGUCUGGGGGCACCAGGGCCCAGAGCUCCUAACUCGUGUCUUCAAGAAGUGGUGCUCCAUCCGGACUAUUGAGAGCAUGAGCUGCCAAGGUGUGAGGGCUCUUGCCCCAGAAGUUGUUUAUCCUAUUCCCUGGCAGGGCUGGAAGAAGUUGUUUGAGGCAGUCAGUGCCUCAGAGUUUCACAAACUCCUUAAGAACACCUAUGCAGUGCACAUAUGGAACAAACUGAGCCAUGAGACCAAGCUAGAGAUCCCCUCCCAGGCUCUGCUGGCUCAGCUCUAUUCCCAGUUCUGCCCUGCCACCUAUGCAAAGAUGAAACAGGACUCUGAGCAGCUGUCAAGGCGUGCAGUGUGACCUGUGGGCCCUUGGCUGCAGGGAUGUUCCCCAGACUGAAGGAAACUGAGUGCCUUUGACCCUCCCAAAAGCUGGUUCCUAGACCCCAGAGCAGGUGUUCUGUGUGACAGCUCUCUGGUUUUGUGCCUAAUAUCCCUGGUAUCUGCCUCAGAUCCUCUGUGUUUCAAAUUUACAGCAGAACCUGAGUUCAGCCUCUCUUGCUGUCCUUCAGGACCAGGGAAAUGGUGAAAUUGUUCAUCAGUGUCCUUCAGCUGAUGAACUCUCUUGGUGUUCUCCAAUGGCUCCUCCUGUGGAUCCCAGGCUGAGCAGCCCCUUGUGAUGUUUCAGCUAUAGGGACCCCUGCCUUGCUCUCUGUGGCAUUUGAAAUUUUUAGAGAAUAUUCUGUGUUGGAGGGGACCUGCAACCAUCAUGUGUCCAACCCCUGGCCCUACUGGGCAGCAGGACAUCCCCAACAAUCAUGCCCUGAGCGUGAGAGCUUCGUCCUUGGGGCUGUGACCUUUCCCUGAGGAGUCUAUUCACUGCCCCACCACCCUCUGGGGAAGAACCUUUUCCUGAUAUCCACUCUAACCCUGCCCUGACACAGCUCCAGCCAUUCCCUGGGUCCAUACAGCAGGGGUGCCCUGUCCCAGGGGCAGAAUCCAAACUUCACACAGCUGGAGAUUGCCCAGCCCUGUCCUUUAUCCAGGGCUCUCUGCAGGGCCUCUUUGCCCUUGAGGGAGUCAGCAGCUCCUCUCAGUUUUGUAUCAUCUACAAGCUUACUCAGUAUCCCUUCCUGUCCUGCAUUGAAGCUUUCAAUGAGGAUUUUUAAGAGGAUGGGGCCUAAGAUGGCACCCUGUGGAACCCCACAAGUGACAGACUGCCAGUCUGCUGUCACCCCAGUUGCUGUCAUUCUUUGUGCUAGACCAGUGAGCAAGUUGCUCACCCAUCACAAGAUGUGUUUAUGCAGCUGUGGGCUGCACACUGAGAUAGACAAUGUCCAUAGCUUUACUGAAAUCCAGAAAGAUUACAUCUACUGAUGUUUUUUCAUCAACUGGAUGGGUUACCUUAGCAUGAAAGGAAAUUAGUUUUGAUAAGCAGGGCUUUCCUCUCAUGAAAAUAUGCUGGCUGUGACCAAUGACUGUAUUGUCCUUCAGGUGUUUUUCAAUACCUCCCAGAAUAAUUCAUCAUAAUCUCUGUAAUUUUACCAGGCACUGGAGUGAGACUGACAAGCCUGUAGCUUCCAGGGUCAUCCUUCUUACCCUCUUUGAAAACUGGGACCUCUCCAGAUUCCCAAGACUGUUCAAAAAUUAUCAAGAGGUGCCUUGUGAUGGUAUCAGCCAGAUCUUUAUGUAUUCUCAGAUUAAUCCCAUCACACCCCAUAGAUUUAUGGGGAUCCAGCUGGAGCAGCAGACCCCUCACACCUUCAGGGUUAACUCAGAGUUUAUCAUUCUCACAGUCACUCUGGCUCAGAGUGCUGGGACUUCCUUAGUCCAUGAUCAGUGUUGAAGACAGAGGCAAAGAAAGAAUUAAACAUCUCUACUUUGUCCAUGGCCCUGUUUGUGAGGUGACCAUCCUUUUCCUGUAAUGGGCUGAUGUAAUUUCAGCACUGCCUUUUGCCAUUAAUGAAUUUUUUUAACCCUCAUUUUAUUGUCCCCCACAUUUCUGGUGGCUUCAAUUGCAAUGAAGCUUUGGCCACACAAAUUCAUCCCCUACAGUGGUAAGCAGCAUCUUCAUAUUCCUUCCACAUCACCUGACCUAGCUUCCACUGGGCAUACACCUGCCCUUUUUACCUUAUCUCCAAAAGAAGAUUCCCAUUCAGCCAAGGUGGCCUUCUGCCUCAUCUGCUUGAUUUCUGAUUUUCAGGAAUUGCCUGUUCCUGUGCCCUCAGGAGCUGGUGCUUAAAAAGUGACCAGCACUGAUGGACCCCAGGACCUUCAAAAGCAUUUUCCCUAAAUAAUGAGGGGACUUUAUUUACUGAUUCCCUGAGCAGCCUGAAGUCUGCUCUUCCCAUGCCCAGGGUUGAAGUUUUGUUGGCACUUUUCCUCCUGUCCCCAGAGAUUUUAAACUCAGUGGCUUCAUGGUUGCUGUGGCCAAGACAGCCACCAAUCUCCAUUCAAGAGGAUCACAAGAUCCUCUCUGUUGACUACCAACAAACCAAGGAGGGUAUCUUUCCAAGUCAGCCCUCUUAGUACCUGUAACAUGAAGUUAUCAUGCAGGUGUUUCAGGAAUAUAUAGGGAGUAUGUCACAAUUGGGUUAAGAAACAGAAAAUAUUUUAAGGCCUGCUGUGGAUCUGAUGACAAUCUCCCUACCUAAAUGUGUUCCCUGUGUGUCCAGGUAAUUGUAUUGUAAUAAUGCACUUUAAAUUAACCUCUUAUGAAAUUACAAGAGGAGACUAAAACAUCCUGGAGUUCUGCCUGUGCCAAAUCAAAGCUUCUGUCUGGAAGGUAAAGUGUAAGCAAUGUGUGGUUAUUGCUCUUUUAGAUAUGCAGUGACUAAAAAAUCAGAGAAAUAUGUAUAUCAAUUUUAAUGCAACCUUUUCCUAAAUGCAAUUAUUUGCUGAAAAGUACAGUGCUACCAUGCACAAGGGAGGACUGAUGUAAUUUAGAUGUAAAUUUAAUGUGAGCAGGAGUUACAUUUCAUGUUUUCUCAGUGUCACAGCACACUACUGAUUAAAUACUCCACUGCAGAACAAAAGAGACAGAGUCAUCAAUUUUUACUUGGAAUGAGUCGGAUAAAACAACAUAUUAACUUUUUUAUCUGGUCCUGUCCACCCCCCCAUCCAUUCCUCCUCUCUCCACCACUCCUCCUUCCCCCCAAUUUAAAAAGCAAAGUUUCCUGCUCACUCCACUAGUCUUCAGUGGUGCUGAGCAGUACAGGGUAUGCUGUUCCAAUGUGGUGCCCAUGGCGCCAGACAACCACCUGUAGCUCAUACUCAUCUAUCUUCACUGUUUCACGUGAGACUCUUUCAUCAGACAGCAGGAAAAUGACUGUGUAAAGGGCAAAUUCAAACUCUGGGCUGACACCAAUGAAGGUGCUUCCAACUGGCUUCACUGAGCCCUUCCAGCUGAACUGGAUGCUCAAAACUUGGUCUUCCUUGUCAGGCUGAAAACAUAAAAGAAACAACAGAAUAAUCUCCAACACAGCUGUGACUGGACAGAUAGAAUUUCUGAUUCCAGAUUUUUGAGUGCUUUGUAAGAUUGAGCUCAUCUUGAUGUGCCUCAGCGCUCUAGCUGGAGCACAAUCUUUUCCCUGACUACUGGAGCAUACAUGGCUAUUUAUCCCAACUAAGCCUCAGCAGUGUUGCAAUUCUGUAAACACCAGCACUACUUUUUAAAAUAGUUUUUGCAAAAAAAAAUAAAGCUGGAAGACAUAUUAUUAUUCAUUCUUCUUAUAUACAGUUAUAUACUGGAUAUACUUACUACUGUUCAAAACACUGAGCCUAUGAUUGUAUCAUUACACUUGUUUUGUUGCAACUUUUAUCUCUGGAUCCAUUUGUCUUGCUAAAGUCCCCCAAAGGCUUGUUCUUACCCUGGUUUUUGUUCUUACCCUGGUUUUGUUCUUCCGAGCUACGUAUCCCUUGUAAUCAAUCUGGUCACGCUUUUCCUGAAGGUAAAAUUGCACCCAGUUGUGCAAACCUAAGAUCUCUUUCCCAUGCCUUGUUUCUCCAACAAAAACAUGUUCAAAACCACAAGAAUCAGGUCUGUAAGAACAAGAAAAAAAGAAAAAAGAAUAUACAGGUAUUUUAUAUGUUUCAUGGAGCCAUAGAAUAGUUUGGGUUAGAAGGGAUGUUAAAGCUCAUUUCAUUCUGAGUCCCUGAUAUGGGCAGAGA